AUGGAUAACUUGGUCAACCUGCUUCAAGGAAACUCAAAUGAAGCACUUGAUAAGUUCGCUAAGCUUGAAGCGCGUUUAGACGAUCAAGAAGCUCAAAUCAAGCAACUUCGGUAUGAAAAUUGCCAAUUACACCACAUUGUCUAUUCCCUCAUUAAGACCCGACAAAGUGAGGUCGAGGACUUUGUUGAAGGCGAUGUUUCAUCGGAACCAAUUGAAAAACUCAUUUCGUCUCCAAACAGCACUUUAGCACGAUUUGGAGUAAGUGCAAUGAAUUCGAUCAUUUCGUCACGAAAUCCAUCCAAAGUCCUCCAACCGAUUUCGCCGGAUGCACUUCUAGACUUCAGUAUGAAGUACCAAAAAGAUGAAGAGAAAGUUGAAAUGUUUAAUGUGAUAUCUAAGACGUCUCACUUAGAAAAUAGUGUAGAAUUAUGUGAUGUGAUUAUGAAAGAGGUAGGGGAGUGUAGUGAAACUCUUGAAAACAUAGCACUUGAUGCAUUUUCACGAAUGGAAAGGGUGUAUGACAAUGUUGAGUUAGUGAGGAGAGUAUGUGAAUGUGCCAUUCAAGUACCAUGUGAUGAUGUCCAAAAAAAGCUUCGUGUGUCUUAUUUGGUACUUCGGUAUGCACAAAUGAAAAAGUACGAAAUUAAUUCCACGAUAAUCAAGACUGGGGUGUUUGAGUAUGUUUGUGAUGAUUACGUUGACCUUAAAAAAUGUGGAGUGCUUGGUAUUUUCCUUCUUGCAAUGGAAAUGGUUUUUACAGAUGAAACAGCGAUUGACGAAGUUCAGUUCAAUUUGACAAAGGCUUUAAUUCAAAGUCCUUUGUGGCACGAAGAUUUGUUAGGUGAGAAGUGGCAAGAAACAAAUAAAUUCAAUCCGUUUCAUUUGAUGAGGGAGUUAUGUUCUUCGAUGAUUCAGCGAAGUAUGAUUUUCAAAAUGGAUUUAGAAGAGGAUAUAUUUGAAGCAAUAGAUGUCGACAAUAUAGAAGCAAUUAAAAUACUGAUUUUAUUAGGAAAGGUGUGUGCAAACGAAACUGUAAAUUACAUUAGAGCAGUCAAAGAUGCGAUGGCGGACCAUCUUGACGACACCGAAUAUCAACGCAUUGCUUCGCAAUUCAUUUUUUCUGCUGUUGUUGGGAAUGCAGCGUGUUUUUCAAAGUAA